AUGGUUAAAGCAGCGACGCGCCGUCCACCAAGCACAUCAAAACCAGAAAGCAAGUCACACUGGAAGUACCUCGUGUUGGCAACGCUUGUUGGUCUGUCUUAUCUCAUAGUGAGCGUUCUGGAGGGUAUGUUGGACAAAUUCUACAUAUUCACUCCUGCGCAACUCCACGACGUAGCUACGCUCUCGCUCUCGCGCCACAAUGACACUCGCGGCGUGAUCGACGAUAUUAUCGCUCAACUGCACACCGCGUACCCUGGCAGAACCAUAAAUUCGAAGGAGGAGUGGGUUUUCAAUAACGCUGGUGGAGCUAUGGGCUCAAUGCAUAUUAUACACGCCUCGGUUACUGAGUACCUGAUUAUUUUUGGUACCGCUUUGGGUACAGAGGGACACACCGGUAGACAUACAGCUGAUGACUAUUUCUCCAUCCUAGAAGGCGAACAAUGGGCAUACGAGGCAGAUAAAUUUACUAAAGAGGUUUAUCCGAGAGGAUCAGUGCAUCAUCUUAAAAGAGGCACAGUGAAACAAUAUAGAAUGCCAGAUACUUGCUGGGCGAUGGAGUAUGCUAGAGGUUGGAUCCCUCUGAUGCUGCCGUUCGGCUAUGCGGAUACUUUCUUCUCUACUCUAGACCUCCACACGCUGUGGAGAACAAGCUUCAUUACUGGGAGAGAGAUAAUUGGGAAUCUAUUGCACGGCAAGUUCUAG